GUCUCGCGACACAUAACGCAGCUUCAGAAGCAUUUCACCGACCGUGACCAGAAACACUCGUUCUUUUCAAGCCGCUGUUGAACUUGCAUCCCCCAUGUUUUCUAAACUAGCCGAUGCUUCACGUUGUAGGGGAUGGGACCGAAUACGCGGGGCCCCUUUAAGAGAAGGGGCGUGGCCCCGGUGACACCAGAGACCCCGCAGAGCGACCGGAGCAAAAUACGGACCUGGCGGAACAGAUUGCCUCAUAUUCCUAAUGACAUGACACCCAAAAAAUUUAAGACCAAUCCAAUCUGAAUUUAAGACAAUUUAAGACUUUUUAAGGCCUUAUUUUUAGGAAAAGCAAUUUAAGACUUUUUAAUGCCCCGCGGACACCCUGAAUAAGGUGUGUUAUUGAUAAGGUGUGUUAUUGAUAAGGUCUGUAAACGAGGCCUCAGUGACGACUGAGCUUGUAAACUUAUCAGGUGGGCCGUAAGCCAAUCACAUGUUAUGUAAGUGAGUGUGUGUGUGGUGAGGGGGGGGUGUUAAGUCAUAUGAGAGAGUUUGAUAAGUUCAUGCAAGGGUGAGCAUGUCUAUCUGUGUGUAAGUGUGUGGGCAGCAGGCAUGCGUGAAAACAGCUGAUGAGCUCAUCAAAGGCAUCAGACCUCUCUCUCUCUCUCUCUUUUAUCCAAACAUCAGGCCAUGAUCAUCUGGUUGAGCAGCGUGGAGACGGAGUAGAAGGAGCCGGUCAUGAUACCUGCAGGCGGAACACGAGCUGUGAGUUCACCGGAGAGCAGCAGCUGCUGCUGCUCCCCUGAUAGGCUGUCGCUAAGCAACGGAGGCGGAGUCUUCUACACCAGCAGGUUUAAAUCAAACUUUGAGGCGGCGGUCCAGGACAACGUGCUGGUGGCCGGGCUGCCGUGGCCGGAGGCGCCGGACGCCGAAGCGGAGGACGAGGCGCUGGACCUGGAGAGCCUGCUGGACGACGCCGUGGUGGAGGCCGCCAGGAGGCGCCGCGCGUACCCCAACAAGAUCCGGCCCCACGUGGUCCACGCCCUCAGAGCGGAGCGGAAGCUCAUGGUGGGCUCCGGGCCCCGGGGCCUCCGGGCCCAGAGACGCGUCACAGAGGAGAGAUCAACAGAGAUAAUAACUUAUCUGAUUAAUACGACUUUGUCUCGUUUUCCAGGGUUUGUACGAGCCGGCGGUGAAACCUCGACAGGCGGUCCACGACGCCGGGCAAGAGAGCCUCAUGAACGACUUGUCGGCAGCAGCUCCCGUGAUGGUGAAGCAGGCCAUCCAGGUCAUCAAGUCGAUCAACACGCUGCAGAAACAGGCCGAGGGGCUCCGCGAGAUCCUCUCCAUGGAGCCGAGUCGCGCCACGCUGGACGUCCACCGGGAGGUGUUCGGUCGCGACGGCCAAUCGGACGAGCCGCCGCCGAGGAGCCAGCGGCCAAUCGGGGGAGCCGUGGAGGAGGUGGCGGGCGCGGAGUGUUACGUGGCCCUCCGGAAGAAAACGGAGGGCGAGGCGGAGUGAAGAAGGCGGAGUGAAGGACUCAAAGGGUUCUCCUCCUUUUGAACAAGAAGAAGGGGUUAAUUAAUAAACGACUUCUCGAGGUUCAUUCAUAUUAAACGUGUGGAGUAAAGGUUGCAUCAUGUCUCAGUUAAAUAUUAUUAAUGAGACGUUUGUGCGGUUUCUCAUGAGCCUGUUCAUUGAUGAACGAGUGUAAAGAUUAUUUUAGGACUAAAGUGAAAUCAUAAAUGUUCUUCCUGUUUGAUGUUAUGUAUUUACAAACAUUCUCUCUUGCACUUCAGCUCAGAAACUUUGUCUUUUUAUGUUUUUGGAAAAGACAUUUCUGUUUUUGCUUUGCAUAUUAGUUUGUAUUAAAAUCUGUAAACCCAA